AUGCAGAUUUUCGUCAAAACCCUAACAGGAAAGACUAUUACUCUCGAAGUCGAAGCGUCCGACACUAUUGAGAAUGUGAAGGCCAAGAUUCAGGACAAGGAAGGCAUCCCUCCUGACCAACAGCGACUGAUUUUCGCAGGAAAACAACUCGAAGAUGGGCGCACUUUGUCCGACUACAACAUCCAGAAGGAGUCCACCCUUCAUCUCGUUCUCCGACUCCGUGGUGGAAUGCAGAUCUUCGUGAAGACUCUCACUGGAAAGACUAUCACUCUCGAAGUCGAGGCUUCUGACACCAUUGAGAACGUGAAGGCCAAGAUUCAGGACAAGGAAGGAAUUCCUCCAGAUCAGCAACGAUUGAUUUUCGCAGGAAAACAACUCGAGGAUGGAAGGACUCUGUCGGACUAUAAUAUUCAGAAGGAAUCCACCCUUCACUUGGUUCUCCGACUCCGCGGUGGAAUGCAAAUCUUCGUUAAGACACUAACUGGAAAGACUAUCACUCUUGAAGUGGAGGCUUCUGACACCAUCGAGAACGUGAAGGCCAAGAUUCAGGACAAGGAAGGAAUUCCUCCAGAUCAGCAGCGAUUGAUCUUUGCUGGCAAGCAGCUCGAAGAUGGACGCACAUUGUCCGAUUACAACAUCCAGAAGGAAUCCACCCUUCACUUGGUUCUCCGACUCCGCGGUGGAAUGCAAAUCUUCGUUAAGACACUAACUGGAAAGACUAUCACUCUUGAAGUGGAGGCUUCUGACACCAUCGAGAACGUGAAGGCCAAGAUUCAGGACAAGGAAGGAAUUCCUCCAGAUCAGCAGCGAUUGAUUUUGCUAGGCAAGCAGCUCGAAGAUGGACGCACAUUGUCCGAUUACAACAUCCAGAAGGAAUCCACCCUUCACUUGGUUCUCCGACUUCGUGGUGGAAUGCAGAAUCUUUGUCAAGAACUCUCACUGGAAAGACUAUCACGCUCGAAGUCGAGCCUCUCUGACACCAUCGAAAACGUGAAGGCCAAAAUCCAAGACAAGGAAGGAAUUCCUCCAGAUCAGCAGCGACUGAUUUUUGCUGGCAAGCAACUCGAAGAUGGUCGCACAUUGUCUGACUACAACAUUCAAAAAGAGUCUACACUUCACUUGGUUCUCCGACUUCGCGGUGGAAUGCAGAUCUUCGUCAAGACUCUUACCGGGAAAGACGCAUUCACUUUCUCGGAAGUCGAGCAUCGUAUACAAUUGAGAACGCUUGAGGCCAAGACCAGAGUGAAGGCCAAGAUCCAGGACAAGGAAGGAAUUCCCCCAGACCAGCAGCGAUUGAUCUUUGCAGAUCUUCGUCAAGACCCUCACCGGAAAGACUAUCACUCUCGAAGUCGAAGCUCUGACACCAUUGAGAACGUGAAGGCCAAGAUCCAGGACAAGGAAGGAAUUCCUCCAGAUCAGCAAAGACUGAUCUUUGCCGGUAAACAACUCGAAGAUGGCCGAACGCUAUCUGACUACAACAUCCAAAAAGAGUCCACACUUCACUUGGUUCUCCGACUUCGUGGUGGAAUGCAGAUCUUCGUCAAGACCCUUACCGGAAAGACGAUCACUCUUGAAGUGGAAGCUUCUGAUACCAUCGAGAACGUCAAGGCCAAGAUCCAAGAUAAGGAGGGAAUUCCCCCAGACCAGCAGCGAUUGAUUUUCGCAGGAAAGCAACUUGAGGAUGGAAGGACUUUGUCCGACUACAACAUCCAGAAGGAAUCCACCCUACAUCUUGUUCUCCGACUUCGCGGUGGAAUGCAGAUCUUCGUCAAGACCCUCACCGGAAAGACGAUCACUCUUGAAGUGGAAGCUUCUGAUACCAUCGAGAACGUCAAGGCCAAGAUCCAAGACAAGGAGGGAAUUCCGCCAGACCAGCAGCGACUGAUCUUUGCCGGCAAGCAGCUAGAGGAUGGCCGCACCUUGUCCGACUACAAUAUUCAAAAGGAGUCCACGCUUCAUCUUGUACUUCGUUUGCGCGGAGGAAACUAA